AUGCUUAGGUCAUUGAUUCUCACACAAAAAAGGGCCCUCAUCCCGGCAUUUGCCCGUCCUGUUGCUGCUGGUCCUGUUGCUGCUCGGGUUCUUCCUUCUAGAAACUUUCAUCAAUCAUUUGUUACACUCAAGAAGAAGGCCAAGAAAGGUGCUAAAGAUGUUGAAGAAGACACUUCCAGUGAACCUCCACUGAUUGAUUUCGACGAUGCCACCAAGCGCCUCCAGAGUGUGGUUGACAAAUUCGCAAAGCAGGCCAACGAGGCUAAAUUGGGUAAGACAAACCCCCAGAUCUUCGACCAUUUGCAUGUUGAAACUGUUGAUGGAGAAGUUCCAUUCACCACUCUUGCUCAGACUGCUAUCAAGGGGAGAAACUUUAUCAUCACGGUUUUUGACCCAGCAAAUACCAAGCACUUGGUGAAUGCUAUUCUUGCAUCGGACUUGAACAUGAACCCAAUUGCUGAUCCUUCGAAUAAGCAGUUGUUGAAGGUGCCAUUACCUCCCGUGACCACCGAGUCCAAGAAGGAAAGUGUCAAGCACUUGAAAACCGUUUUCGAGAAGGUUAGAAACGGACCUGGUGGCUCUGGUAAGUCUUCGUCAACUCUUGCAGCCAUUAGGGCAGAUAUCAAGCAUAAGAUCAGUAAGAAGAAGAAGAUGACCGACGCUGAGACUCAGGUGUGGAACGACUACGAAAAGCUUCACAAGCAAUACGUUGAAAAGCUUGGAGAAGUAUUCAAGGCCGCAGAAACCGCCAUUUUGAAAUAA